ACGGUAAAGUGUCAACUCCAUAGACUUGAAACACCCACAAGCCUAAAUUUUGCGUAACAGAAUGAGCAAUCCACUGAUCUACACCCUGUUUCCCCUUCUAGAACGUGGGUCGGUUCAGUUUGUUUUAAGAUCAGUUUUUUUUAUUUUUUAAAGAGAACCGCCCAACUGGUCGAGUUGAGUGAGUUGUUGUGAGUGAGAAGCACAGACCUCUUGAGAGACCAUACCACAGCCCGGCGAGGCGCAGUGUUCAGAAGAGUUGGUAACUCUAGUCAAGGACUGGUAGGGUUGACGAGAGGACGCGGGGCAGGCAUGGGUUGCAGCCACAGCAAGAGGAAAAGCAAAGUGAAAGAGGAAGAGAAGACGAAGGAGGUCAGAGGUCAAGAUGGAGGAGGAGGUAAAGUCCCUCUGGAGGAGCUGAACGUAGGUCUAGAAGCAGAGAAGCAGCUGGGUCAGUAUGAGUGGCAGCUGAAGAUCCUACGGGAGGUGCUGUCUGCCUCUGGGACCCAGGAGAGGGAGGAGCUACUAAAAGACCCAACCAAAGGAGAGCUCUGUUUCCUGGUCCACAACAUCAUUGAGAAGGUGGAAACAGAGACGGCUGCUGACAUGACUGUUCUCUAUGUGGAGAAGAGCCAGAGGACCGCAGAGCAGCACGCGAGACAGCUGGAAGAACGGCAGAGGAGACAGAGUGAAGAGAGAAAACAGCUAACAGAGACACACCAGGCAGCAGAGAAAGUGUUGAAGGAGGAGGUAGAGGAGCUGACUACAGAGCUACACGUGUACAAUCAGUUAAAGAAGAGAGUUGACGAGUCUACCUUCAAGAAGGACCUGCAGCGGAACAUUGAGGCCCAUGGCAGUCCUGGGCCAUUCUGGGAGCAGGAGCAGGAGAGUCUGCUGUUUGUCAUUGAGAUGAAGAGUGAACGUAUUCAGGAGCAGGGAAACAAACUGCUACAGAUGCAGGUUCUGGUGGAGAAGAAUCUGUCUCUGGAAGACCAGGUCAUAACUGUUUUACAGCAGAACGAGGACCUGACGGUUCGGAUUGACAACCAUCAAAGCCUUAUACAGCAGCUCUCCAAGGAGCACCAGGACCUCCAAGGGACGUUAGACAGGCAGACAGGUCUCUGUCAGAGGCUCACCCAGGAGAAAGAGCAACUCAUGUUUAAACUGAAGCACAGAGACUCCUGUCCUACGUUCCCAUCCUUCCCCAUAGUGUCUGAGAUCUCCCCCAGCUGAUCCACCCAGACCGAACAGGACAAUCGGUUACUUCUGUCUUAAUCCUGUCUAGGGUUGCAAACAUGGAUCCGUUAACUUUCCCAAAAUUCGAAAAUUCUUUAUUUCAGUAAUCCCUGAUUGGAGGAUUCCAAGAAUCCCUGAUUGGAGGAUUCCAGGAAUCCCUGAUUGGAGGAUUCCAGGAAUCCCUGAUUGGAGGAUUCCAAGAAUCCCUGAUUGGAGGAUUCCAAGAAUCCCUGAUUGGAGGAUUCCAAGAAUCCCUGAUUGGAGGAUUCCAAGAAUCCCUGAUUGGAGGAUUCCAAGAAUCCCUGAUUGGAGGAUUCCAAGAAUCCCUGAUUGGAGGAUUCCAAGAAUCCCUGAUUGGAGGAUUCCAAGAAUCCCUGAUUGGAGGAUUCCAAGAAUCAGGAAGUAAUAUACACGGAGGUAUUUCUCCAACCUGGAAUUUUUCAAGUGAAAUUUCUGAAAAAUCUGGGGAUUGUGGGAAUGUUUCGGGGCUUUUGCAACCCUACUGUAAUCCUACUUUGACAACCAAAGUCCAGGUACCUUUACAAAGGGCUAUAGUCACAUGUUUGAUGGAACCUGAUGCCAAAAGAUUUUUGUUUUUUCUCCGGUUUUAUACCUGCUGUGCCGUAGAGUACAUAAUGUUUCUGUAGCAGUAUGGUAUUCAUACAACAGGACUGUUUAAUUGUGUGUGUGCGGGGGGGGGGGGGGGGCAUUGGGCACAGCCAUGCACUGUUGGACUUAACUGACACCCUGCUGUUCAACUGAGAUUCUCAUAGUUGUGUUACUGUUCAACUGAUAUUAUAGGUGAAUGUGACAGUGUUCACUUUGAUGGUUUGAAUUGCAGUUGGAGAGGCAGAUGUUCAGUCAUGUAGCUAGUAGCUACAUUUUUAUUUAUCUACCUUCUUCCUGAGACACUAUUACGACGACGUCUGUCAAAGUUUUACGUCACUGAAUAUGGAGUAAAUGUUACAGUUUAAACAGUAACUUUAGACAACAGAUUUUGUAUUAGGGAUAUGUUUGACUUUUUUGUUUCAUACAAUAUGGGAAAUGGAUUGCCAUGGUUGUUUUAUUUUUGCAGAUGAGGACAUUUUUGUGACUUUUUUUUUUUAAGUUACAAAGAACCAAAAGCACUUCUCAGUGUUUUUAAUUUGUAUUUCUUCUGAUGCACUAGCACUUUUAAUCAGUAUUUUACUAGUACUAAAUGUGAGAAAGGUUGCUGUUAAAAAAUAUUUUUUACUCCUGUGUUUUACAUUUUGUUUGUUUACAUUGACAUUUGAAUAAUUUAGCCAACGCUCUUAUCCACAAAGGCAGCGGAUAGAUCUAGGAGGAGAGAGAGCUUGAGUUACAAUAAACAUCUGCAUCUGAACCACU